AUGGUGGAAACCUUGGAUGGAGAGGAGAUCUGUGGGCGGUUCUCAUGGAUAUAUGGUACUCCGUAUUGUGCUGAGAAGAUCAAAUUUUGGGAAGCUAUUGAUGAUUGGGAUCGCAAAGACCAGAUUCCUUGGGUUGUUUGUGGUGAUAUGAAUGAAGUUGCAUGGAGUCAUAAGAAAGAAGGUGGAGCCCCUUAG